AUGCGACACCCCGGUGCACGGCCCAAAUUUCCGUCACCUCCGGAGGCGGCUCGAGGAGACGUAUCGGUUGUCGGUGGGCGCCCCGCCCACAACGGUGGUGGUCUUUGGACAAAGCUGCCGAAGCCGGUAGUCAACCUCCCCUUCCGCCAAGACGGCCAGGCUGGCGGCUGCGCGCCUUCAGCCGAGCCGCGCCUGAGGCCAACGUUCUGGCUUGCGCCCAGCCUGCACACAUUGGCCCUGGCGCACCGGCCGGUGGAUUGGGGCAGGCAGUUCACAUUGCCGGAGAGCAGCACCUCGGCGCCGCCUGUCUCGUUGGGAAGACGGCGUCUCGCACCGCAAAGCGCCGCGUUAGACGACAAUGUGUCCAAUCUCGUAUCGCAAAGCGCCGCGUUAGACGACAAUGUGUCCAACUGGGAGCACACGCAGUACUAUGUGCUCCAGCAUGCGCUCAUUCACCAGCUCUCGCGUCACCAGUCGUGCAGCAACGACUCGGAGUCCGCCUCGGUUUGCUUCAUCGCCAGUCCACCCUUUGGGAAGUGCCACGAUUGGAGGGCAAUUUGCCCGGGGAGGCGGGUGUACGCUGUCGAUGUGGCGGACGUGGAGCUGAAGAAUGCCAAGGGCUCGUCGGGCGAGCUGUGCGCGACGCUCUGGAGCUGCAACGCGUCGCGCGAGUACCCUGACGUGGUCCGGGUGACUGGUAACCCACCGCUGCUGCGGCGCCAUCCCAACCGCCAGGCGUGUGCCUUGAAGACCGAGCACUUGCGGAAGACGCUCUCGUUGCCCUAUAUGUCGCACUCGCGUGGCGGAAAGUGCCACGGCGGCUCGGCGGAGGAACGGCGACCCUUCCUCGUUGCGCUCGCCGCCUCUCCAUUUGGCCAUUUUCAAGGCGACUAUUAUUAUCGGGCACGCGAGCUGCGCUCGUCGCUCGCCUUUGGCUGCCUCCAGCGCAUGGCGCUCUGCACCAUUGUGACCCCGAAUCAGAUGGGGACCAACAUGGAGAGGGUCUACCUCGCCUAUCGCAGGUCAGUCUUCUGCUUGCAACCGCCAGGCGACUCGAUCGCACGUGCGGCCAUCGUCGACGCAUUGGCCGCGGGCUGCAUACCAGUGCUCUUGCACCCGCGGCAGCCCUCCCUCUGGCCCUGGCACUGGAGUGCCGACGAGGUGAGCGUGCUCUUUGACUGGACCGACCGGCGGGGCGUCCGCCUCUACCCCAGCCCCUCUCGCCGCAGCCGCCUCUCUUUCUCUGGCCCCAACGCGAGCGCGCUCUUCGCACAGCUGGAAGCCAUCCCACCGGCGGUGAUCCAGGAGAAGCAGCGCGCGAUCGCGAGGGUGGUGGAUGGCAUGACGUACCGCGGCGAGACUGUGGGGCAGAGCGCCUGCCGGCGACCGGAGAGCCGCGACGCAUUCGACCUCUUUCUCGGAGGCGCGCUGGAAGGCCGGCCAGUACAUCGGUGA